AACUGUAGAAUACUGGAAUCUGAUAGACCCUAACCAAGCAGCCAGUAUAGUCUACUACUCCGAAAUGGAACUCCAGCUCGCUGUAACAACGCAAUUUUCACACUCCCCCCCAAGAACGAGAGCUUCUUUCUGGAGAAACAAACCGAGUAAUCCCAUGAUUUCUUCUUCAAGGUUGCAGCUCUUUUGUCCUCCACCACUAUCACUAUCACUAUUCAGCUCUCCUUGUCUGGUUGCUAGUUAUAGGGAAAGUGGAUUGAGAGCUUCAAAAUUUGAAGAAUUGCUUAAAUUUCGUGAUGGAAAUGAGGAUGAUGAUGAAGGGUCUGAUUCCGAUACGGAUGAAAUGGAGGGUGAUGAUUCGUUUGUAAUGGAUGAGGAAGAGAGGCUGGAAUGGAGGAGAAAGAUUAGGGAAGUUAUGGACAUGCGUCCUGAGGUUGAGGAAGAGGUAGACCCUGUUGAGAAGAGGAGAAGGAUGGAGAAGCUUUUGGCUGAUUACCCUCUUAUCAUGGAAGAAGAAGACCCCAAUUGGCCGGAGGAUGCAGAUGGUCGUGGUUUCAAGCUCGACCAGUUCUUCAACAAGAUUUCCAUUAAGAAUGUCAAGAAGGAUAACGACGAUGAGGGUUACGACAGUGAGAAUGAAAUAGUGUGGCAGGAUGAUGACUAUAUUCGUCCAAUUAAAGACUUGACCACUGCAGAAUGGGAAGAGGCGGUGUUUAAGGAUUUCAGUCCCUUGAUUGUCCUUGUUCAUAAUCGUUAUAGAAGGCCAAAGGAAAAUGAGAAGAUUCGGGAUGAAUUGGAGAAAGCUAUACAAAUCAUCUGGAACUGUAGAAUCCCUUCACCUAGGUGUGUGGCCGUUGAUGCUAUUGUUGAGCAUGAUUUGGUGUCUGCCCUGAAAGUAUCUCUUUUCCCUGAGCUCAUAUUCACCAAAUCUGGGAAGAUCUUGUACCGUGAAAAAGCGCUUCGAACAGCAGAUGAGCUGUCAAAAAUAAUGGCAUUCUUUUACUAUGGAGCAGCCAAGCCAUCUUUUCUGAAUGUGACUGGAAAUGAUGAAGAGACAAUCCCUACCAUUCAAAUAAGCAAUAAGCAAGGCUAGAUGUUUAUGUUCUGGAAACUAAAGCCUGAAAAAAAGACAUACUAAGUGUUGCCAGAGGUGGUAAUGAGCAUAUGAGAACCACUUUAUAUUGCUCGUGUUCUCAUAUCUCUUUAGGUCGAGUUUUUCUCUGGGCGAUUUGUGGUGCCCGUAUCAGUGGUCUGAGCAAAGUUUAUCAAGAAGGAAGUUCUUUAGAGGGUGGAUGUAAGCUAGAAGGGGAAAGUAUUUUGAGAUGUAAGACAGGUUGUUACAACCUUCCCUAAGGUGGAAUUUUUGUGACCAAGUGUGCUUGAAUUUUUAUUUCUCUUAACAGCUUUUUAUAUAAAAGAUCAACUGAAUAAAAGAUGAACUAUCAUCCGCUUGAGCUUAGUCUUUA